CGCUCGCGCACACGUGAUCGCAUAGACAGACAUGGCGGCCUACAGACUCGCGGGUGCUGUGUGUCUCCGCGGAUGGGCUCUGGUGCCCCGGCACUGCCUCAGCCGACCGGGCAGCGGUCUCAGGGGCUUCAGCGGGCUCAGAGGCACGGUCCUCAGGGCGGACACGGAAUCCGCUCUCCGCGCGGCUGUAGCGGGGUGCAGACUGCGACCCCCGCUGUGGAGCCAGGACAUAAGCGCCCCCUCCCGAUACCCACUGACCCCGGCCCGGGCUUUUGGGAACCGAGUCAGUGGAGAGGACGGCGCCAACAGCGGAGCGCCCGGGGGAGAGGAGCCCGGAGGAGAUGGAGACGGCGGCGGAUACAACGGCCCUCACAUGACCGCCCUGACUCCCAUGAUGGUGCCGGAGGUGUUCCCCAACGUACCGCUGAUCGCCGUCAGUAGAAACCCGGUGUUUCCCCGUUUCAUCAAGAUCAUUGAGGUUAAGAACCCGGAGCUGAUGGAGCUACUGAGGCGGAAGGUGCGCCUAGCACAGCCCUAUGCCGGAGUCUUCCUCAAGAGAGAAGACAGUAACGAGUCAGAUGUGGUGGAGACUCUGGACUCCAUCUACACCACCGGGACCUUUGUGCAGAUCCAUGAGAUGCAGGACCUGGGGGACAAGCUGCGUAUGAUUGUAAUGGGCCACCGCAGAAUCCGGAUCACUCGGCAGCUGGAUGUGGAGCCAGAGGAGCCCACAGUGUCCCCAGACCCAGACUCAGAGCCUCAGCCCAAAGCAGCCCUGUCCCUGCGCAGGAAAGGCAAACGGGUGCGCAGGGACCCCCCGGCGAGCCUUGCAGAGCAGUUGGAGGACAAGAUCUCUGAAGCAGAUCUUAGCCCUGAGCUGCACCCUCUGCCCUCCUCCUCCAUCCUCAUGGUAGAGGUGGACAACAUCCAGCACCAGAGCUUCACUGUCACCGAGGAGGUCAAGGCUCUGACGGCCGAAAUUGUGAAAACCAUCAGGGACAUCAUCGCUCUGAACCCCCUGUACAGGGAGUCUGUGCUGCAGAUGAUGCAGGCAGGACAGAGGGUCGUGGAUAACCCCAUCUACCUGAGCGACAUGGGGGCCGCCCUGACUGGAGCCGAGUCCCAUGAGCUGCAGGAGAUUUUGGAGGAGACUGACAUUCCCAAGAGGCUCUACAAGGCCCUGUCUCUGCUCAAGAAGGAGUACGAGCUGAGUAAACUUCAGCAGCGGCUGGGCAGAGAGGUGGAGGAGAAGAUCAAGCAGACCCACAGAAAAUACCUGCUGCAGGAACAACUCAAGAUCAUCAAGAAGGAGCUGGGUCUGGAGAAGGAGGACAAAGACGCAAUAGAGGAGAAGUUCAGAGAGCGUCUCAAAACACGGACGGUUCCUCAGCAUGUGAUGGAGGUCAUCACUGAGGAGCUCAACAAACUCAGCCUGCUCGACAACCACUCGUCUGAGUUCAAUGUAACCCGAAAUUAUCUGGACUGGCUGACCAGCAUGCCCUGGGGCAGUAACAGCGAGGAGAACCUGUCUUUAUCUCGAGCCCGCGAAGUGCUGGACGAAGAUCACUACGGUAUGGACGACGUGAAGAAAAGGAUCCUGGAGUUUAUCGCGGUGAGCCAGCUCAGGGGCUCCACUCAGGGGAAGAUCCUGUGCUUCUAUGGGCCCCCGGGUGUGGGAAAGACCUCCAUUGCCCGCUCCAUUGCCCGCGCCCUCAACCGCGAGUACUUCCGCUUCAGUGUGGGUGGCAUGACUGAUGUGGCCGAAAUCAAAGGACACAGGAGGACCUAUGUAGGGGCCAUGCCAGGGAAGAUCAUCCAGUGCUUGAAGAAAACCAAGACAGAGAACCCUCUGGUGCUCAUAGAUGAGGUGGAUAAGAUGGGCCGGGGGUAUCAGGGGGACCCAUCCUCUGCCCUGCUGGAGCUGCUGGACCCUGAGCAGAAUGCCAACUUUCUGGACCAUUACCUGGAUGUGCCCGUGGAUCUGUCCAAGGUGCUCUUCAUCUGCACAGCUAAUGUGGUGGACACCAUCCCCGAGCCACUACGAGACCGCAUGGAGAUGAUCAAUGUGUCUGGAUACGUGGCCCAGGAGAAGCUGGCCAUUGCAGAGAGGUACCUGGUCCCUCAGUUGCGCUCUCUGUGUGGUCUCUCUGAGGACAAGGCCAGUAUCUCCCCAGAUGCCCUGAACCUGCUCAUCCGACAGUACUGCAGGGAAUCUGGGGUCCGUAACCUCCAGAAGCAGGUGGAGAAGGUGUUCCGGAAGGUAGCUUUCUGCAUCGUGAACGGAGAGCAGCCAAACGUGAGCGUGACAGCCGAGAACCUGCAAGAGUAUGUGGGCAAGCCCCUGUUCACCGUGGAUCGCAUGUACCAGGAUACCCCCCCGGGCGUAGUCAUGGGGCUGGCCUGGACCGCCCUGGGUGGCUCCACUCUGUUUAUUGAGACCUCAGUGCGACGCCCUCCAGCUGGGCCAGAGGGCAAAGGAGAGGGCUCUCUGGAGGUCACAGGACAGCUGGGUGAUGUUAUGAAGGAAAGUGCUAAGAUUGCAUCCACGUUUGCCAGGGCGUUUCUCAUGAAGCAGCAGCCUCACAACGACUUCCUGGUCAAUUCGCACCUGCACCUGCACGUGCCUGAGGGUGCGACUCCCAAAGAUGGUCCCAGUGCUGGAUGCACCAUAGUAACAGCCCUGCUGUCUCUGGCCACAAACACACCAGUGCGGCAGAACCUGGCCAUGACCGGAGAGGUGUCCCUCACCGGCAAGAUCCUGCCUGUGGGAGGAAUCAAGGAAAAGACUAUUGCUAUUUGUUGUUUUGGAAUUGGGGUUAGGGUUAUAUAUAAUAUGGUAAACAUUUGUUUUUGUUACACAAAGUACCCACUGUUACAACCCAGUGCUAGGGACAAAGGAAAGUAACACAAACCAGAUAUGAUGUAACGUAAACGGGUUUUAUAAAGUGGUGUAGGUAAGUACAAUUUUUUAAAAAAACAAAAAACGUUUCACAUUUGAUAAUUCGGAAUUCCCCAAAGUUACUAAACCACUCAUAAACUAAGGUAGUUAACAGUAACAAAAAACACUGCCCAAGGGCCGAGCCAAACUGGCAAGACUAAAAAUAAUAGUAACAAACACACUUUACAAUAUCAAAGAGCGAACGUCUACAGAUGAACUGAAACUGCCAUCCAGCCGCCAGGAGGGACAGGCGCACAGCACUUUUAUUGGUCGCGGUGAUUGAUGUGGAAUUCUCCAACCACAGCACAAGAGGUGUCGGAGCCAGCCCACAGCAUCGGAACCACGGCCCACCGGUCAGAUAAGAUAAGAUAAGAUAUGCCUUUAUUAGUCCCACAGUGGGGAAAUUCCAGUGUUGCAAUGCACUAUUUCAGAUAGCAGGCACCACACAGGACAUGCAAAUACGGAAGAUACAAGCGGUAAUACAAACGGGGAGCACCAGGCAAUGCGGAGCCGGAGACAGGCCGCGAGCCGUAACACCCACUUAAAAAAAUAUUUGGCCUACUAAGUAUCAUCAGGUCUUUUACAGGGCUAAACCAGGUCUAAAGUAGAAGUAUACCAUUGCUGUAGUGGUUAUAAUGGCUCAAGUUUGGCCAAGUUCUCAUUACUUUUUAGAAUCUGGCACUGCAUCCAUGGAAGCUGGACAGAACAAACCAAUAUCCAUGGAAACUCUCUGGUCAGAGUGCUGGUGGAAUCCAUGGUUACCAAUUAGAGACGGAACAAUUUAGUACCUGCUUGACUUGGCUAAAACCCAGGCUGAGCAGGUUCUAAAAGUAUCAGUACCUGAUGUAGCACUGCAGUAGAAACAUUAAGAUCAACAAACUAAAUGUAAACUAGUUAAAGGUGUUUAAAUACAGAUGCUCAUGCUAAU